AUGAUAUUAUCUGCUGUUAAGGAUAAGUUUACUUCUCGGAAUCCUACGAUGGUGAAUAUGCUAUUAGCUGGUUAUGAUAGGAACACAGGCAGUGCACUAUACGCCCUGGACUUCUUGGCUUCUUGCGUCAAAGUGCCGUACGCUGUCCACGGCUUCGGAGGCAUCAUCAGCUUGGGUAUCCUGGAUGACCUCUACAGACCAACGUUAUCGCAAACAGAAGCUUACGAAGUAUUGAAAAUUUGCAUCAGGGAGAUACAGAAGAGACUGUUUGCUAAUCUGAAGAAUUUCCAAGUUAAGAUUGUGUCUAGAUGCGGCAUCAAGACUCUGCCGACGAUAAACGCAGAUACUUUUAGUAAAUAA